CAUAAGUCUUACCUCGAUCCUCAAUCCUCCAUCCACUUUUUCAACGCCGCCACUCCACUUUAUCUGGAUGGCGUCCACAGCUGCCUUUUGCGAAAUGGCACAGAGAAUCGAUCUCGUUAUGUGAUAGGGUUAAAAGCGAUUUCGUUCCGAGGGUCCUGAGCCAUGUUUGCGGGCCGUUUCCCAACAAACUCCAGAUUGAUCAACUUUGGAAGUGGUGAGAAGCGGUGAACAUACCGAAAGAUGGCGUCGGUCCGUCACCAAUAUCCCGCUUAUGAUGAACGUUGCCGCCUAUCGAACCAAGUUCUCGGCACUCAUGGUAUCGUAUGUGCCUCAUUCGGCCAGGGGCGUCCGUAAGGCUCUGAGCGAAGCUUAACGAUAUGAACGAGACAGUACAUGAGAGCGACGUAUGGCCACAUAGAAUACAGCAUGAAGCGUCACUCAGUGAAGCUACUUUGUUCCUUCAUUCUUCCCUACCGCGGCGUCUUGUUUAAGCAGGAACAGCAAAAUAUGCUAGGGCAAAAAUGGAGGCUGUCGCAGUGGUUGGACUUGCGUCGAACAUACUACAGUUUGUUGAAUUCACUGCUAAAUUGAUACGUAUCUCCAACGAACUUCGCAAUCACAGAACCUGGUCAACAAGCAGAGACCAUGAGAUUGUCACAAAACACCUCAAAUUGCUCACUCAAAACAUUAGUGAAUCGGCCAAAGUGAUAUCUCAAACCUCUGCAAUGGCCCUACCAGAAGAAAAGGCACUCCGAUUAGUAGCCGACAGAUGUUGUGAGCUAGCCAAGACUCUUCUCAGUCGCCUUAGCAAGUGUGGUAUCCAACCGGGACAGAAUGGCGGUCGGCUCCAACGCGCAAAAGCGAUUCUGAACGGCAUCUGGAAUAAGCAGGAAAUAGAAGAAAUUGCCCACAGACUACAAUUCUUCAGGAGUGAACUCGAAUUACAUUAUACGACCCAAAUCAGGAAGACACAACUGGACCAACAGAUUCGACAGUCCACAAAGGAAGACCUCCAACUAGUGCUGGACAGGCUUGAUGCUCUCGAGUCCUUAAUCAGUGAGACAGUGACUAGUCGCCAUUCUGAAAUCUUGAAAUCGAUUGCUGCGGCGCGAAUUGAGAAUGCUCGAUUCGAAUCUCGAGCAAUACAGCAAUCUGCCGCAAGUCAUUCAAUAAUUACUAGCAGGUUGGAUGAGCUCGAGUGCUCGAUAGCCGCAACAAAUAUGAAUGUACAAAAUAUAUGCGCUCGUCAAUCAGAAGUCUUGGAGUCUCUUGCGCAUGUUAAAGUAGAAAAUAGGGAAUUCUUAGCUAGAAUAACCCAGCAAGUUCCCCCAACCAACCACUUCGGUGCCUCUUUUCAGCAUGCAUUGAAGCCUCUAUUAGAGGAAUACAUGGGGAAGUUUCUCGCGGGGGUUAAGAAGGAAUAUCGAGGGACGGCUCGGUCCGAGAUGGACGCCCUCCUAGAAAAUACCCUUCCUGCUUUGGGUAAUAUACAAUACCGAACCCAACCAGACCCCGGAAAUGUAGCGGAUGAAAUUGGACUCGAAGUAGACCAGUAUAAUCAGACGCCAAACGACCCCUCAUCCGCGGAUGAAAUUGCGAGCUUUGCUUCUACCGAUAGACGUGCUACGUCACAACUCAACAAGAGCGAGCUCGCGAAUAUUUAUCAUUAUUGUUGGGGCAAGAAGACUAGCCUAGGGAUAUUUUCCCUCUCAAUCCGAGAUAAAGUUCAUUUGGACGAAUCCAAGCACCCGACGCGAUUAUACGAGCUUACAGUGCACUUCAUCCCAUCGCCGCGCUGGUUUUCCACCGGCUACUCGAUGACAUACCAUAAAAGCACCGACGCGAGAGGAAAACCGGAAUUCGGCCUCAGACUGAAGACAUAUCGUCUCCUUGGUGAAGGCCAUCCAGUCCUAGAAGCUAUUGAAACCAACGACAUUUUGAGCCUUCAAAGCAUGCUCUCACAAAAGCUCGUUUCGCCCUCGGAUCAAACCCCGUCGGGUGAAUCACUGUUCCAUGUGAGUUACCGGUUUUCAUGAUACAGGAGAUACGAGCUUAAGCUAAAGGAAAGUCAGCUUGCUAUAUUGUAUGGCCAUUUGGAUGCUUGCAAAGCGCUAGUGCAGAGUGGUGCAGAUAUCAACGCGCUCGAUAUAUUUGGCUUCGGUUC